AUGGUUGUCAACAUCGAACCUCAAGAUGUACUCCGCGACGCUGUCACAGAGCAGUUGAAGACCAGUUUCAAAGACCUCUCUGAGUGCUUGAAGUUGCCACCAGACACGAGCCUCAAUACAGCGCCAGCCGAAAUAAUUGAGAUCAAUCAUGCUGUCGCGAAUGGCUUAGCCUGCAUCAAGAGUCUGGUGCGCGGUGGCAAGAUCACAGCCGAAGAUCUCAAGAGCGACACAGCGUUGGCCGCAAAAGUGCUCCUAGGUGUUAAUAGCACACAGUCGUAUAUUGCCUCCGAGGUUGAUCGUGGAGAUACACAAACAGUCGCAAAGGCGCUUGCGCUGGCUAUCAAGCUUGUCAGAGGAGUACGCGGCGCCAUCCCAGCGGAUGUUUUGGCUAGUUUUCAAACUGCACAGAAGCGAGUUCGUGUUGUGAAGCAUGUCAGUAGCUGA